AACAAACAGGGCCCGGUACACCAACCCGAGACGCUAACCCAAAACCCGAUCAAAUCAGACCCGAUGGGCGCCACAUCGCCGGACUCCGGCGACCUCAUCCUGGUGGAGCCGGCGCGGCCGGGGUCCCCGGUCGCCGUGGUGACCAUCAACCGGCCUUCGGCGCUGAACGCGCUGACGAAGCCCAUGAUGGGCUCCCUGGCGGCCGCGUUCCGGCGGCUGGGCGCCGACGACGCCGUGGCGGCGGUCGUGCUCGCGGGCCGCGGCCGCGCCUUCUGCUCCGGGGUGGACCUGACGGCGGCGGAGGAGGUGUUCAAGGGCGACGUCAAGGACGUCGCCACCGACCCCGUCGCGCAGAUGGAGCUCUGCCGCAAGCCCAUCGUCGGCGCCGUCGCCGGGUUCGCCGUCACCGCCGGGUUCGAGAUCGCCCUCGCCUGCGACAUCCUCGUGGCCGGGCGCUCCGCCAAGUUCCUCGACACCCACGCCAAAUUUGGUAUAUUUCCUUCCUGGGGUCUUUCGCAGAAGCUUUCUCGCGUCAUUGGGCCGAACAGAGCACGGGAAGUGUCACUAACCUGCAUGCCUGUUACUGCUGAAAUGGCGGAGAGAUGGGGGCUUGUCAACCACGUUGUGGAUGACACUGAGGUGCUGAAUAAGGCAAUACAGGUUGCCGAGGCUAUUGCAAGGAACAACCAAAACUUAGUCGUGUUAUACAAAUCGGUUAUAAAUGAUGGGUUUCAGCUGGACUUGAAGCAUGCUCAAGCACUUGAGAAGGAAAGAGGUCACAAGUAUUACAGUGGCAUGACGAAGGAGCAAUUCGCUAAUAUGCAGAAAUUCAUUCAGGGCCGGAGUUCUAAACCAUCAUCGAAGCUGUAGCUUGCAGAUAUCUGUAUAUCAGUAAACUGUCUGUGUGUAUGGUAUUCGGCUGCUAAAAGCGUGUUCAGUAGUACUGAAAAUAAACGAUGCCAGGUGCGACAUCAUAUAGAGACUGUCUUAUGGAAAGACAAAGACUGCCUUCUUGCAUUCAAAGCUGCGGAGCAGUGAUCCCCACCCUGCAAACAUGUGUUGCAAUUUACCUGAAAACCUCUGGUGCCUUCUCUUCCCAUCUGUGAUACUAAAACAGGUCAGUUCCUGUUGCCGGGAUAUGUUGCAUCUUCCUUUGCUCCAUGUUUAAUGUUUUACAUGUGGUUUGAUGGAGAAUGUUGUAGCAAGUUGGCAGAUAUUAAUAAAUUGUAGAGUGAUCGUUUUGCAAGUUUUGAAA